CAGUGGGAGCAGAGGCAGAGGAAGAGAGGCAUGAGGCAGAGAUGCGGGUAUCUUGGCGGUAGAGGUACGACGAGCAGCGGUGUAUUCCUGGUCACUCCCGCGAGCAAGUACACGGCACGACACUUACACAGCUUGCAGCAGCACCGCAGAGAUGGGAACGCGUCUGGCGAUCAAACCAGUAUUUCGGGUCAGAGGGGGGGUGGGUGUGAGAAAAAAAAAAAGAAGAAAAAAAAAAAGAACCUGGAUUCUGGUCCAACAAACGCGAAUAAAGGUAGCACUAGCAAGGUUUCUCUUUUCUUUCUUGCUUGGACCUGCGCAAACACUGCAGUGCAAACCGGGGAAGCUAUCUAGACGCUAAAGCAAGGGGAGAGACAAGCAGGACAAGAGGAAAACGAACCAACACUGCGAUACUAUUAGGCUAUGAGAUAGUAUUAGUAUUAGUAUUAGUAGCAGUAGUAGUAGUAGUAGUUCCCUUGGCAUGCGUACAAUAUGGCAUGGUUGGCUGGUGAAAGCCUUGCGUGGAUGAUGCUGUCAAGCCUAAGCAGCAGAAAGGCAGCUUUCACAGCACAGAUAUCAGAUGCCUGGAAACUACUUCUUCACUGCUUAAUCCUUUUGAUGUGAGAAGACAGCAGAAUGCCUCCCUCUCCGCUGGCAGUCAUAGCGUGGGGGAAAGUGUCCAGCCCUCGCAUUGUGUUCCACGAGCUCAUCCUCCCUCCCGUUUCCGGCAUGUCGGUAGUAUUUCGUCACGCACCGGGGGAAAAGAGGGAGGAAAAGAGCUGUCUGUCUGUCUGCCCUCCCUAAUUUUUCCGCC